AUGGCUUGGGUUUGGGCUUGGGGGCGAAUUCCCCCACGACACGGCCCCGCCGAAAAACCGUCGGGGCAGCGCAAGCUUGAAGGGGAGGCAAAAUCGGGAAGGCGGGCGGGAAACUUGGGCAAAGCUUCUGAAGUUUCGAGCGAGCAACAGGCGAUGUUGCGAGCGAAGAUAGUUGGUUCUAGCAAGAGGGAUCGAUUCAAACCGCACUCGCCUUUCGACUCACUUGGCGCGCACGUUGGUCGCACGUUGGUCGCCUUUGGCAACCGGCGGCAGGAUGAGAAAAGUUCUCGAAAGUUUGGCGUCUCCUGUGGGUCUCCGAGUCCCUCUUGCCACGUCGUCUGCCAGAUCACAUCCAGCUUUCCAAGCGCCAACAUCGCAACCGCAGGAUACCUCGAAGACACCAUAACGUAA